AUGGAUUAUCCGAAACUGCCUCCUUUCCAGGGCCAGGGCCCAAUAAAGCCCAUAAGCUGUGUUGAAAUGCACACCGCAGGCGAACCGACCCGAAUUCUUUGGACUGGAUUCCCAGAAUUGACCGGCACCCUACUCGAACAACGAGACCAAGCCAAGUCAAAAGGCGAUGAAUUUCGACGUCUCCUCAUGCUAGAACCCCGCGGACAUUUUGAUAUGUAUGGAGCCAUCCUUUGCCUGGAAACAGAACUUGUAGCUACAGGUUCAGCCGACAUCGGCGUCUUGUUCAUGCAUAACGAGGGCUUUUCAACUAUGUGUGGCCAUGCGACCAUUGCGCUAGGACGCUUCCUAGUUGACGUUGAUGAGAAUGUCUUCCCUCGACGACAUCAAUUGAAAUACGAUAGCAUAUCGGGUACUACUCAGCUCAAUCUCCAUGUACCUUGUGGCUUUGUCAGAGUUACUGUUCCUACUUUGCCAACAGGCAAAUCUGAUCCUUCACGACCGGUUUCAUUUAUUUUCGGUUCCGUCGUUCAAAACUGCCAUCUCUUUACAAGUUCCGUUACCUGA